AUGAUUUACAAGCGAGGAUGGUGGUGCGCGUGGUGUGAAUCGACGUUCAAGAGGGGGGCGGAAGGAGAGAAGGUUGCGUAUUGGAUCCCGUGCGAUUACUGUCAUCGAUUCACGCACCAUCAAUGCGAAGAAGAAAAUGAAUGCAGAGCUUUGAGCGGCGAGACGUACGCGUGUCCGACGUGUCGUGAGAAGGAUACAACGCCAAAGACGGUACCGAGCAGAGCCGAGGUGAAGCUGUCGAAGGGCACAGAGGUGAAGAAAGUCGGUCGCCGGCGGGUGUACUCGAGACCAUUUGACAACGACUCCUCAGCGAUGCGAGCCGCAGAGAAGCGAGUGAACACAGGUAAACGAGCGCGCAACGAUUCGAAUACGAGGCAGGGGAAAAAUAUCAAGAAUAAACGACAUUUCAGAUCCUCCGGGAAGUCCGGAAAAUCUGAAAACUCCGCAAAGUCUGGUUCGUCGGCUCGACAGGUAUCAAAGAGCGGUCCCGCGGCUUGGCUCUCGACGUUAGCGCACGCUGCCACUCGCGAGCUUCCCACGCGUGCCACGCGCAGAUACGCGCCAAAGCAGCAGACUGAAGAACAAGAAAAGCAUGAACAAUAUGAGAAGGGCGAAGAAUCAGAAGACGAAAGAGCGCAACAGGAUGAGGAGAAGGAAAAGCAACAAAUGCAGGUGGAAAAAGAGCAAACGACAUCGGAGGUUUCGCUGCGCCGCAGUUCACGACCGCGCCCGUCGAAGGAUCUGGCCAAAUUGUCUGGAAGAGACGAGCCGGAAGAUGAAACACGAACGCAUCCAUGUUCACAAAUCGCUGAAAAGGGCGCGAGGCGAUCGCGCAGUGGCCGCUCUCGAAGUGGCGUGCGAAAGUCAAAACCACUUUUCGAUUCUCAACAAAUGUCGGACGUUCUCUUUCCGUUUGAAACUGGAGGCAUGGUUGGCCCUCUGAGUCAGCUUGGCUCGUUGCUGGACUUGCAUGAACCGCAAAAUGUACCUGCGGCUCCUUUAUUGACUCACAACCGUGUUCCCGCGGCUCCAAUAUUGACGCUAAAAAAACCGCAGAAGCAGCGACCGUCUUCGAAGAAGCAGCGACCGCCUUCGCAACCGAUAGCUCGAACACGGCCUCUUUCGGUGUCAACGACUCAACAGCGAGCCUCUUAUGAAUCUGAACUCGAAAGUCUGGAGAGUAUUGCGAACAGACUCUAUGAGUCUCUUGACCCGUCUUUCGAUCAGCAUACGAUUUACUUGAAUGUUUGCAGACUCCUCCACGAUCUCGCCUGUACACAUGGCACCGCGGCGCGUGAAUCGAUAAUCAAAACCGGUCUAAACGACGUGGUUGGAGCUCUUUUGGUAAGCGACGACGUUAGGGUACGUCUCGCCGCGGAUGGUUUGCUCAAAAUCCCAUCAUGGCGCGAGGCCAUUUGUGGACGACCGACACCUCAACGGGCGAACCCGACAGGCUUCUUUCCCACGAUGUCCAUGUUCUCCGGUUUGGCUUCUGGGAUGCCAUCGAUGCUGGGUGGUUUUGCGUCAGCUGCUCCUACGCCUACAAGUCAUGUCGUUGGAAAACCGGUCCCGAUGCGUCCUCGUUGUCCGCGUGACGCGCAAGAAGCUCGAAACGCCAGAACGAUUACACUGGGUAUGUCCCAGUCAUCUCCUACGGAAACCAUCACGCCCGAUGCGUCUCAGCCGGCCGCUAUCUGGCCAAAUUUCCCGAUGACGAGCCAAGACGCUGAAGCCGAAGCGGCCCUCUUGUUCAGCGCGAGCCAGGACCAGGCAAAAUAA